AAGGUAGUUGUAUCGUUGUUGCUGCUCCUAUGGCCACUGUUCAUAACGGGGCCAAUGCAUCAAGCUUUAGCCCAAAGAACACCACCGGGAAACACUGACAAAACAUCACAUAUUGUGCUUCUGGGAUCGACUGGUUCAGGCGGACAGCGGCAGUUCCGUUGUGGUGGAGCCUACGUUGGCCGCAACGUGAUCGUCGCCGGCGCACAUUGCGUCACCGCCAAAAACCAGCCACCACUUGAUACGGUGCGAUUUGGCGCGGGAUCGAACGAUGAGCAACACUUUCGCAUAGUCAACCACACAUUGCACUACCGGUACAAACCGCAGUUUGAGUAUCACAAUAUGGCCGUAUUCUUUUUGGACGCAAGCCCAGAGGUGGUAACUAGCGGUAAAUACAAACCGGCUUGCAUACUCAAGCCACACAUGAAAACUGGUACCGUGCAGAUGGUCGGCGAUGGAUCGGACGGACGCGGAUUAUCCCUCCAGACAACGGAACUGGACGUGGUGCCGUCCGAGAAGUGCCACGAAUACUACAAUCCGAUUCCUAAGCUCCGCUUCGGUGUGCUGCUGUGUUGCUUUUGUGCAAUGAACUCAAACACAUCGGAAUGUUCCAAUAUGCACAGUUCGCCACUGCAAGUGGUGCUAGCACGAAACGGUAAGAGCGUUCCGUUUCUGAUCGGGCAUAAAUCGAUCGGGAAGGCUUGUGGCUCGAAGAGUCCAGCCGUAUUCACGCGCUAUGGAUCUUACUACGAGUGGCUAGAAACGGUCACUGAACUACAGCUUGGGGCAACAGAUUGCUUUGGUCGUUACUAAGAAACCUGCAGGCGCAAGACCCUCCUUCUCCAGCAUCUCGGUGAGGCGGGGAUUCUUCAUUGCAGUCCUGUUCAUGUCCAGUACCUUCUUAAUGGACGUGACGCU